GCCUGCGUACGCACCUCCCUUGGGGCGAUUGUACCCGCUGCGCUCGUCUUAGCGUUGUGUCUCUUCUCCAUAUCCCGGACUCCUGCAUUCGCUCGUCCACUUGCUAGCGCUAUUAAAACGCCCUUCCUCAGUUUCUUGACCUUGCGCGAAGCCGAAGCUCUAGAUAGUCAAGGGGAAAAAACAGACGACCUUGUCAUCGACAAUACCGUUCCUUUAUGGCGCACCGUACUACUCUCAUUUGUCGCUUUGGUCGAGGCUCUCGUUUGGUCUGCUGCCGGUGCAUACAGCAUCCUCAUGAAUAAGGCUUAUAUUUGGCCGGGUAUCGCGCAACUUCUCAUUUCUGCCACUUGGAUAUAUGCCUCCUGCAAGCCUGUCUUCUGGCCCAAGCCGACUAUCCACUUCGAUCUCUUCUCCCUAUUUGUGCUACACUUCGUCUUUGGCAUAAUCCUGUUCGGUGGUACUUUGUACGAGUAUGAGGUUUUCGGUGUCCCAUUGCCUCAGCUCCCAUUAUUGGGCCUCAUUUCCAAUCUCAUCGCCAUUCUGGUGCUCCUGACCAUCGUAGGAAAUAUGCCCUUCGAGCUGCCAAGCAACCGUAUCAAGAAGGAAGAUAUUUAUGUCAAGUACUCUCCUGAAGACUAUGCCACUAUGUGGGAGUGGAUAACGUUCUCAUGGGUCUACCCACUUAUCACUCGUGGCUCGAACAUGACCAUGAGCGAGGAUGACGUUUGGAAACUUAGCCCCACCCAGCAAUCCCGCCCAGUGUUCAUCAAGUUCAGCACCAUCAUGCGCUCUACUCUCCUUCGCCGUCUGUGGGCUGCCAACUCGCAAGAUCUUUUCUCAACGAUUUUCAGGCGUAUCCUUGAUGCUAUCGAGGAAUCUUCCGCAGAGGACCGAUUCCAAGCAUACAUCUAUGCUUUCUUGGCCUUCCUGUGCACGUUGCUAAAGGCAGAAGCUGAUGUCCAACACCUGUGGUUCGGACGGCGAGCGGCGACAAGGAUGCGUGUAGAGCUGAUGGCUGCCAUCUAUGACAAAGCUCUCAAGCGUCAGGACUACUCAGGCAUUAUCGACAAGGACAAAGCCAAGGAGGCUGCCGACAAAAAAGCGGGAAUCAAGCCUGUUGAGAAUGCGACCUCGGAUGACCCCAAGGCUGGCGCGGAUGUUGGAAAGAUUGUCAAUCUGAUGGCUGUAGAUGCAAACAGAAUUGCCAUGAUGGUAUCUGGCGCAUAUUUCAUCUAUGGAGCUCCGUUCGAGAUUAUCAUUGCCACGACCUUCCUCUACAAUCUUCUAGGUCUAUCUGCAUUUGCGGGCUUCGUCGUUCUCCUCGCUGGCUGGCCCCUGAACAGUUUUGUCACUAAACGCAGCGUCCGCAUCCAUAAGGGUGUCUCUGCUUCGCGAGACAAACGCAUGGCUGUCCUUAACGAGCUCAUCGGAGCUGUCAAAUUCAUCAAGUUCUUCGCGUGGGAGGACCGCUGGAUUCAACGGGCUAUGGAUGCGCGAGGAGUGGAGAUGAAAUGGAUGGUGAAGGCCCGGAUCAACUCAGUGAUGUUUUCCCUGAUCUGGACCUCUGCUCCUAUUUUGGUGUCGCUCAUAUCAUUCUUCACUUUCGUGUACCAAGGUAACCAGCUGACUGUGUCGGUUGCUUUCACGGUGAGUCCGGUGACUGUGGAAAUAAGUCAGCCGUUGAAUGUUAUCCCAGCUUGGAUUGUUCAAAUACUACAGACUGGCGUUGCGUUAAAACGUAUUGAGAAAUACCUCGAAGAGGACGAAGUCGAUGACCAGGUGUCUUCCAUUAAGAGGGCUCGCGCACCCUGUAGCGAUGAAGAGGAUGACACCCUUUCAAUUGAGAACGGAUUUUUUAAGUGGAACGAAGUUCCCGAGCAGCCUGAGGAACCUUCGAAAGGCAAGGGCAAAAGCCACUCUCGUGCUAGUUCGAGUGACGAAACUGCGACUGCCGUCGAUUCCGAGUCCGGGUCCAUCCGUUCGUCGCCCGAAGAUCAUAGAUUCGAGCUCAAGGAUAUUUCGGUACGGUUUCCCGAGGGCGAGCUGUCCGUGAUUACUGGACCGACGGCGAGUGGCAAAACUGCUUUGCUCAUGGCACUGCUGGGCGAGAUGACUACCAUCAGCGGCAAACUGACUAUCUCGAAAAAUACGUCGAAGAUCGACGAGAAUGGACUUAUGCACUCAAUCUCAUAUGCCGCUCAAUCACCAUGGCUGCGUCAUCAGUCCAUCAAAGACAACAUUCUAUUUGGGCAACCUUUUGACGAGGAGAGGUAUAAUGAUGUCGUCGAGUGCUGUGCGCUGCAGCCGGACUUAAAUAUCUUGGAGGAUGGAGACGAUACUGAGAUUGGCUCUAGGGGGGUCAGCUUGUCAGGUGGCCAAAAAGCUCGUGUUGCACUUGCUCGCGCCGUGUAUGCUCGCACGAAGUAUGUCCUGUUGGAUGAUCCAUUAAGUGCUGUGGACAGUCACACUGCGCGAUUCUUGUACGAUAGACUCUUCCGCGGACCGUUGAUGGCAAACCGUACGGUGAUCUUAGUCACUCACCACGUGGAACUCGUGCUCCCUGGCACUUAUUACCUCGUCCGCAUACUGGAUGGUCGCAUCGAUGCCAAGGGCACUGUCAAGGAUCUCCGUGCGCAGGGCGUUCUGGACCACAUUGCGCAGGAUUCCACUGCAGAAGCCAAAGAAGAGGAAUCUGUCGCAGCCUUUGAGGUCCCUGUUGAAGCGCAGGAGGACAGCGAUGGGGCAGACACGCCUGUAGAAUCGAAGAAAAAGCCUAGAAAGCUCAUCAAGGACGAGCACCGGGAGGCUGGAGGCGUCAAGUGGGCAAUUUAUAAUGCGUACUUGAAAGCAUCCUCGUACUGGACAUGGUUUAUGCUUGGGCUACUCAUUGUCUGUUCGCAGAGCUUAGGUGUUAUUGAGAAGCUCUGGGUUCGGGAAUGGGGUCAAGCAUACGGCGAUGGCACCGAGCCAGCUCCGUACAUCAUGCCGUCCUCUGUAUUGACCGAGAACGAGGUGCUGAUGAACGGCUACAUGUCCUACCAUGACUAUCAACACUACUCGAACAGCUACUUCCAUGUUAACACCACUGGCUUCGGCCCCAUCACGUUGCCUGACGUUCAUGAACAUCCGCUAUACUACGUUGGUAUUUAUGGGCUGAUCGGCUUCGCCACCGCGGCAGUGGGCAUAUUGUCGAUCUCUAUUCAGUACACCGGAGCGUUGAAAGCGUCAAGAUCUAUUUUCCGCAAGCUCUUGACGGGUGUCGUGUGUGCCACGAUGCGCUGGCAUGAUGUCACUCCGGCUGGUCGCAUGCUCAAUAGAUUCGGAAAAGAUAUUGAAACCAUUGACACUAAUCUCGCGAGCUCGCUAUCAGCUGUCAACUCUUCAUUGGCGACGUUUGCGGCUGCGAUUUUCACCGUCGUUAUUUUCUUCCCGAUUUUCCUUAUCCCUGCUGUGAUCAUAGGUUUCUUUUACCGCAUGCUAGCUCUUGGGUAUCUGAAGACUGGCAGAGAUCUUCGUCGUAUGGAAUCUAAUUCUCGGUCGCCUAUCUUCUCUGGCUUUGGCGAGUUGCUUGAGGGUAUUGUUACGGUUCGGGCAUUCUCUGCUGAAGAGCGCUUUUUGGACGACCUGCACGAUAAGAUCGACGUUACUACCAAGAUGUGGUACAAUUUCUGGAUGACGAAUCGAUGGCUCUUGUUGAACUUUGAUGCGCUCGGUGGGUUGGCUGUGUUGGCCACUACUCUCCUUGCGCUAUCGGGCUAUGUCUCAGCUGGUACCGCGGGUUUGUGUAUCACGAGUGCUAUGACCUUUACUACCAGUGUUUAUUGGGCCUGUCGGUUCUGGACCGCACUUGAGCUUGAUCUAAACUCCGUCGAGCGUGUUGUAGAAUACCUCGAUUUGCCUCAAGAGCCUCCUGCCAUCAUCGAGUCUAGUCGUCCUCCUGCUUAUUGGCCUUCUAGCUCGACGAAGGAAGGGUUGCUAACUGUCGAGGACCUGGUCAUCAAAUACUCCCCUGAGCUCCCUCCCGUCUUGCAUAACGUUUCCUUUACUCUGAAUGCGAAAGAGCGAAUCGGGCUUUUGGGACGCACAGGUAGUGGAAAGUCGACCUUGGCGAUGAGCAUUCUUCGUUUUGUCGAUCCUGUCAGUGGUCGCAUCUUGAUCGAUGGGAUUGAUAUCUCUACAAUUGGUGUCCAUGACCUUCGCUCUCGUUUGACUUUCAUUCCCCAGGAUGCGACUCUGUUCUCGGGCACAUUGAGAGAUAACCUUGAUCCAUUCGGUGAACACGAAGAUAGUGAAUGUUUGGACGUGCUGUACCGCGUGCAAAUGCUCAGUCAAAGUGCUUACCAAUCUCAACAUACCUCCCGCGCACCAUCUCGUGCAUCCACGCCUGACGAUGCCGCCUCUUCUGCUGCAUCGACGGCUGUCACUGACGCGGAGUCGAAGACGACCGUCACGCUCGAUACCCAGGUGUCUGCAGGUGGCACAAACUUCUCGCAGGGUCAACGGCAGCUCAUCGCGAUGGCGCGCGCGCUGCUUAGGCGAAGCUCGAUUAUUGUGCUUGAUGAGGCAACAAGUAGCAUUGAUUUUAGCACCGACGCUAAAAUUCAGGCGACGAUCAGGGAGGAGUUCACGGAUUCCUUAUUACUCACGGUCGCGCACAGAUUACGCACCGUGAUUGAUUACGACCGUCUAAUUGUGCUCGAUGCAGGAGUGGUUGCGGAGUUCGACACACCUUUGAAUCUGAUCCAGAAGGAGGACGGCAUUUUUAGGACGAUGUGCCUCAAGAGUGGCACAUUCACUGAGCUUGAGGCGGCUGCCAAGGCCAAGGCUGAACGUGAUGUAGCCAAGGCUAGCGCAUAAUUGAGUACUUGACUAUGAGUUGAUUUAUUCUGUAUCAAAUGUGGUUGUCUGAAGUGGUCCUACGAUCACGAUGAAAUUGAUGCGUCCAGCACAUUGUCAGUC